AUGGCUUAUCGCCAGAUUCUCUCGUGCCACUAUACAACAUCGAAACGAGUACUUGGAACUGGGAUCUUCCAGUUAAUCCCCCUGGAGGUGGCUCGGACUCAGACACUAGUGGUAGUAGCCACGGUGCUCCACAAAGUGGGGAAAUAUCAGGGUAUCCGAGUCCUCCUGUAUGAUCACUCUGGUGGCGUGGUAUCUACCCGCUUCGACAUAUAUCAGCAACCCGACUUAUUUUCUCAGAUAAUCGCUGUUAUCAAUUUCGGCAAUCUAGAAUGUGUCAGGUAUGAUUCAACAGUUUCGUUCACGAAACUUGUUUCGCCACCCCUCUCCAAAAAUAUCCGUGAAUAUCGCCCAAUCAAGAACAUACCCCGACGUAGCAGUUCAGCAGACCCUGCCGCAUCCAUUUCUGAAUCCCUCGAUGAACUGGGCUCUUGGGACCCGUCCUUUGACGAUGAUCUAAAGUCUGUAGUCUCUCAUGACUCUGACGAUGAUCUCGAGUCUGUGGUCUCUGAUGACUCUGGCUCUGAGGAACGCUUAACUGACUCAGAGGACGCACCUGAAGGAAAUUCAAUUGAAUCUACUACGCAAACGGAAGAAUUCCCCCCAUCCCUCCCUCCAGUGCAACCCACUAUGGUGUCCAGUGCCCCCCUCCUCAGCCUCGCAUCCCAAAUUCCCCAGGACUUGACAGAGAGUAUAUCUUCCGUCACGCCUCAUCCUUCCCAAUUUCCCUACUCUGUGCACUCACCUGAACCUUGUGGCAAGAUCCGCGUAGGGGAUGACGUGUACAUUAUCAAGCGAAUUCUUUCUGCAAGCCGGGGGCUUGUUGGUCGUGGAUGUAUCUGCUAUCUGGCCAGUCUGGGCGAUGAAGAUUUUAUCAUCAAGGACCAUUGGGUUCUUGGCAAGCGGGAAGAUGUCAUUUUGAAUGAGAUAGAGAUGUUGAAAUUAAUGCAAGGUGUCCCUGGCGUUCCCGAGCUAGUAGAUUAUUGGCUCGUCACGACAUCAGAAGGCGAGGUCGAUGUCACUCGAAGUUAUCGCAAAAGGGAACGCCGGAGUACCAAGGGCACCAGUCGCACUCAUGUCCACCUUGUCCUAAAGCCGUGUGCUCGCCCCCUCCACAUGUUUCGAACGCUGAAAGAGUUCGUGAGAGCAUUAAGGGACAUUGUGAUCAUCCAGAGAAUGGCGGUGGAGGAGCGCGGGAUCCUGCAUCGCGAUUCAAGGGGUUCCUUAUUGACUGGAUUACGCAUUGCUGCGGACAAUAAAUAUCCCAUCGGUGGUACGGGCACGAUCCCCUUCAUGUCACGCAUGCUUCUCAGCCAGGUUUCGCUUUUCCAACAAAAGAAUGCUCCUGCCCUGAAAACACCGAAAACCUCCUCAGAUUCUUUAGCGCUGCCCGUUUCUCAUGUGGUCCAAGGUUACUCUGAUGAUCUUGAAUCUCUUUUCUUCAUAUUCGCUUGGGUUUGCAUCAAGUUCUGCGGUCCCAACGGCACGGUCCGUCAGGAGCACAUGCCCAAUUCCUUACUCGAUCGCUGGACCAGCCUUGACCUGGCAUUGUGUGCUGCCUUCAAGAUCACCUUUUUCGCGAAUCCAUUGGAUGAACAGUGUCUCAUAAACGAAUUUCACCCAUACUUCAAACCCCUCAUCCCCCUUGCAAAGGAUUGGUGCGCAGCAUUGAAGGAUAACAUGGUUAACCCUGUUACCUUUGACGCCAUUCUUCACAUACUCAACUCUCAUCUUGAGGAGCUUUCCGAUGAUGAGGAGCUCCAAUCCACUGUGACAAUGCUCAAGAAAACUGCCACUGCUCUUACUAGUAGCUUGAAAUGUGUUGCUUCACUGUCUUUGCCCAUGCCGAAGCGGAGGAAGUCGGACGACUUGCCGGAGACAUCCGAACAGGUGUAA